AUUAUACAACAACAUGGAGCAAAAUUAGAAUACAAAAAUGAAGCAAAAUGUAUGCAGGCUCAUUGUUAUGAAUUUGGGAGGGAUGUCAAAAAAGAUGAUAAAAAGGCCUUUAAUAUCUAUUUAGAACUUUCAAAAACUAAGACUCAUUCCACUGAAGCUAAAGAAUGCUUGGCAUGGUUUUAUUUUUCCGGGAAGAAGGGUGUUGUGAACCAAGACUCUAAAAAAGCCUUUGAACUCUUUUUGAAAGUUUCAAAAAGCGAUUCAGACCAACAAAUUUCUGCAAAACUUAUGGCAGUUGAGCUCUUUUUGGAACUUUCGAAAAGCGAAUCAGAUCAACAAAAUCCUGCUAUUGCUAAAUUUGAGUUGGCUCGUUGUUAUGAAUAUGGAUUAGGCAUUACUAAAGAUGUUGAUAAAGCCCUUCAACUCUAUUUGGAUCCUUCAAAAAGUGAAUCGCGUCAUCAAAAGGAUGCUUUUCAAUGGCUAGGAAGAUACUACCUAAAAAAUGAUGAUGAAAUGUCUUAUAAAUACUACUAA